GAUGGAAGCCAAGGGCAAAAGGAAGUUCAUGGGGAAGAGUGGGAAAGCGCCUCGUGGAAAAGCGCCGCAAAAAAAAAAGUUUAAAAAAGAUAACGAUUCGGGUCCACCAAAGAAACUUCUUAACAAGGGAGAUGAGGUAGGAAAGCCAAAAUCCAUUUCCAAGAAGUUUGGGAAAGGGCAGUUAAGACCUGGAAGAACCAAUGUCAAACAAUUCAAGAAUAAACAGCAAUCAGAAAAGCUUGCAAAGAAGAGGAAGCUCCAGGAUGGUGAAGAAAGUGGGUCAGAUCCUAAGAAGCCGAAGUGGAGUGACUUCAAAAGGAAAAAGAAGGACUUAAAGCAAACAAGACAACUUAAUGAUAAAAGUAAUUAUGACAUAAUUGUAAAAUCAAAGCAAAUAUGGGAAAGUGUGAGAAGGAAGAAAUGCGAUAAGGAAAAGCGGGAAAAGCUAAUGAAUGAACUACAAAAGCUUCUUCAUGGAAAAAUUAAAAGUCUGGCGUUUGCGCAUGAUUCAACUCGAGUGAUCCAGUGCUUUAUUCAGUAUGGUAAUGAGCAGCAAAGGCAAGAGACGUUUGAAGAAUUGAAAGGUAGCCUAGUAGAGUUGAGCAAGUCAAAAUAUUCCAGAAAUAUUGUGAAGAAGUUUCUUAUGUAUGGGACGAAACCACAAAUUGCAGAAAUAAUAAAAAGCUUUAAAGGCCAUGUGAAAAAAAUGCUCCGUCAUGCUGAAGCAUCUGCUGUGGUGGAAUAUGCAUAUAAUGACAAAGCUAUUCUGGAGCAGAGGAAUAUGCUGACAGAAGAACUCUAUGGGAACACUUUCCAGCUUUACAAGACACCAGUUGUCCCAACACUUGAUAAAGUGUUAGCAGCUCAGCCUGAAAAGAGAGAGGCCAUCUUGGACGAAAUGAAACAGAUUCUUACACCAAUGGCACAAAAAGAGGCUGUGAUAAAACACUCACUGGUACAUAAAGUAUUUCUGGACUUUUUCACUUACAGUCUGCCGAAACAAAGAUCUGAAAUGAUAGAAGCUAUCAGAGAGGCUGUCAUCUACUUGGCACACACUCAUGAUGGAGCCCGAGUAGCGAUGCACUGCUUAUGGCAUGGUACUCCCAAGGACCGAAAAGUCAUUGUGAAAACUAUGAAGACAUAUAUUGAAAAAAUAGCAACGGGUGAAUUUUCUCAUCUGGUCUUGCUGGCAGCAUUUGAUUGCAUCGAUGACACUAAACUGGUGAAACAGUUAAUUUUAUCAGAAAUAAAUUCUUCUUUGCCCAAUAUAAUAAACAACAAAUAUGGAAAGAAGGUCUUGUUGUACUUGCUAAGUCCUAGAGACCCUGCACAUUUCGUUCCAGAAAUCAUCACACUUCUGCAGCAGGGAGAUGGAAAUGCCCAUAGUAAGAAGAACACUGAACUCCGCCACCGUGAGCUCCUGGAAGCAAUUUCCUCGCCGUUGCUAGAAUAUUUGCAAGAACAUACCCAAGAAGUAGUGACAGACAAAGCUACGUUUGUUUUGGUUACCGACAUCUUAAGAACAGCUCUUGGUGAUGUCCAGCCAGCACUGGAUGCAAUUGCUAAUUUAGCAGCAGAAGAGCUGGUUCCAGGUGGCAGUGAUGGACAGCUUCACAUUGCAGAGCAUCCAGCAGGCCAUCUAGUUUUGAAGUGGUUAAUAGAGCAAGAUGAAAAACUGAAAGAAUGUGGAAAAGAAGUUUGCUUUGGAAGAACGUUGGUAGAACGUGUUGGUAUUGAGAAUAUGAAGACCUGGGCAGAAGUAAAUCGAGGUGCCAUUAUUCUCUGUUGUUUACUUCGGAGCGCUGAUCAAAAAGUGGCAAAUACAGUAAAAAAAGAACUGAAAAAGCUUGUCCCAAAGCUGAAGCUGAAUAAAAAUGUAAAAGGAGUAGAGGCGUUAUUGGAGAAAUUGACUUCCUAGUGUAAAUGAAGCUAAAAAGAUUAUUUACAUCAAUGCAGCCAACUAAGAGUUGGUAAGAUUUUGUACCACCAGUUGUCUUAAGAAACAGUGUAUGGCAUUUGUAAAUUAAAUAAUUUCUAAAACA